CUUGCGCAUUUCACCAUCAUACAACUAACGACGCGACUCAUUCUUUUCGCUCGUGCAUGCCAGAAGCAUAUCUUACAAUCUAGGUCGCGGUCACUGCAUCAGGUUUCCGACUUCGGAACACGUCGGUCACAUCUCAAACUGACCUUACCGAGACCCUUUUACUCAGCUUCCCACAUUACGGCCAAUUCUGGAGAUGCUUGAACACCAAUUUAGCGACUACUGGUGACAAAGAUAUCUCAUCGAAGAGUCUCACCUCACAUCCACCCUCCUGAAAUUCCCAUUGGCACAUUUCACAGACGGACAACUGGAUCUGCCUGCGGAACCCUCAUCUACCAUCAUGACCUCCGCAAUCCAUGAUGACGAACUUUCAAUAUCCCUGCCUCAAAAUGACCAGUCGAAGUCGAGACCUUCUUUACCUCCAGUCAUAUCUCCUCCUGCGCGACCAAGUCUCAGUCAAACUCCCAUGGCUGAAUCUCCAGGCACGAUCCGAUCCAUGAAUCGGUUACAUCAAUACAGUUUCGUUCGGAACAUUGGUGAAGGCUCGUUUGGCAAGGUCAAGCUCGCGAGGCACAAGGUCACUGGUCAAGAGGUUGCCAUGAAGACGAUCAACCGUCGAAAGUUGAUCAGUCGAGAUAUGGCUGGUCGCAUCGAACGAGAGAUCCAAUAUCUCCAACUGCUUCGGCAUCCCCACAUCAUCAAGCUCUACACAGUCAUCACCACCAAGACCGACAUUUACAUGGUGCUCGAAUACGUACCUAUGGAAUUGUUCGAUUACAUCGUCAAGCAUGGUCGGUUGGGAGAAGCCAAAGCUAGGAAACUGUUUCAACAAAUCAUAUGCGCUGUCGAAUAUUGUCACCGUCACAAGAUUGUGCACAGAGAUCUCAAGCCUGAGAACCUGCUUCUGGACAAGAACAUGAACGUCAAGAUUGCCGACUUCGGCCUCAGUAACAUCAUGACAGACGGCAAUUUCCUCAAGACGAGCUGUGGAAGUCCAAAUUAUGCAGCACCUGAAGUUAUUGGCGGAAAGUUGUAUGCCGGUCCCGAAGUUGAUGUUUGGUCCUGUGGUGUCAUUCUCUACGUCUUCCUUGUUGGUCGACUUCCGUUCGACGACGAAUUCAUCCCUGCCUUGUUCAAGAAAAUUCAAGCUGGUACAUUCCACAUCCCCUCACAGACGCCGCCAGGCGCGGUCAACCUGAUCAAACGAUGCUUACAAGUGCAUCCUGUCCACCGCAUCACGAUUCCCGAGAUUCGCCAGGACGAGUGGUUCAAGAAAGACCUACCUCCUUAUCUGGUCGAGCCUGUUGAAGAAUUCCUCGAUACCGGUGUUGACCCAUCCAAAGCCAUUGACCCUCGGCAACUUGCACCUGGAAAGCCGCCCGAUGUUGUGGAACGAAUUCAUGAGCAAGUCAUUGGCAAGCUCGGACGAACAAUGGGUUACGCAAAAGAAGAUGUCAAAGAUGCUCUGAGCAAAGACGAGCCCAGCGCUAUCAAAGACGCCUAUCUCAUUGUGAGAGAAAAUCAGCUGAUGGUCGAGGCUCCAGAAUACCAAGUACAUAAUCCCGAACUUGAAUCGUUCAUGGCUUCGUCUCCUCCAGUCGAGCCCAACUUUCCCAACUUUCCCAAUAUCACCGGGUCACCCGUAACCAACGGCCGCCGAUUCGGGGAUGACGUGAAACCGCUUACACCUACUCGUGGAGAUAUGCAUCGCGCGAGCCGCACAUUAUCUGAUACUCCGGCACCACCGAAGGAAGAAGAGAAAUCUAGAACUUCAAAUGUUCGGGUCUUGAACACAUCACUGCCACAUGUUCACGAGGAACUUCUUCAAAUUCGGGAGAAGGCAAAGGCGAGAGGCGACGAUCCAGACACCAUUCUCCACCCCUCUCAAGAUCCUGACACCGAGAGUCCGAUCCCAGAAGAGAUCAAAGACGAAAAAGGAAAUCCUAUUUACCGAUCUAAAGAAGAACAGGAGGCGACAUCGAAGGCACUGAAGCCCCAUUCGAGGUCUGUGACUGCGCUCAAUACCUUACGAGAUCCGCAGGCACGACCGGAGGGAUUGACCAGCAUGUCACAAGACGAAAAGCGUCCUCCGAUGUCGAGGUCCAAACCCCGAAAAUGGCAGUUCGGCAUCCGAUCGCGUAAUCAGCCAUACGAAGCCAUGAAAUGUCUCUACGCUGCUCUCAAGGCUCAGGGGGCCGAGUGGGAGGUCAAUCCCUGGCUGAAAAUGCAGCCCGAGGGCGGCGAAGGCGAAGAAGAGCAGGACAAGGGGCCAGCACCUCAAGUGGAGCUGGGUCCUGGUGAGCGUCAUGUGGUUCUUCAACAGAAACACUCGUGGUUGAAGGAGGAUUACUACGUGCCUCGUGACCCGUGGAACAUCCGGGCUCGUGUGCUGAAGAGGGGAAUGCUGAUGCCAGGAGAAGCGCCGUCUCUCUCGGCCCACAGUUCCGCUGUCAGCCUGCCGGCCGAAGCCCAAAAUCAGCUCAAGAAGCAUAUUGAGCAGCUUGGUGGUUAUGCCUCCGAGGAUGUUGCAAAGGCCCUGGGUAUCAAGAACGGAGAUCUGCCAAGAAUGAAGUCACCACUCUCCAGCGCACAAAGCACGAGACCAAGCACGGGAAUGGGUGAACCGGGCGGUCAAGGACAAGAAGCAUACACAGGGCCUGCACACUACACCGGCCGAACCGACAGUCAGUCAACGUUGAACAAGAAGCUGCCAAGCGAAAAUAUCGGCGUUUAUGUGUUUAUUGACAUUCAACUCUACACACUCGAGACUUCGACUUAUGUAGUCGACUUCAAAUGCGAUGGUUACCAGAAUGUCAUUUGGCACGAUUCAAAGAAGGAUCGCGACAGAACCAAGACUCCUAGCAGCAGUAGCACGUUCACCAGUCCUUCCACCAGCCGACCAACUAGUGGUUUCUCCGAAGCCCACCGCGUCAAUUCCGAGCCACUGGACGAAGAAGCAUCGGAAGGGUAUUGGAAACCAGUCAGCAAACGAUACAGAAACGUGGAAAAAGAAAUCUCAAGUCCGUAUCCAUAUCUUGAUGUGGCCAGCGACUUGGUGGCUCAACUGUGGGGUGGCAAUGCCUAGUGGGUGACGUUGAAGCCCUGUAUGAUUUGUAACGACUCACGACAGAAUCAUGAAAUGUGCGGCAGCUUAGGCGCAUGGUGAUCGAGCUGGGAGCAUGGAAGACCUGGUGUAUUGCUGGAAUUGUCUCAUCCGAGCUUGGAGCUAGACAGGAUAUUCAUGUUUGAAGCUGACAGUGCUGGGAAAACUGGAUCCGGCCUGGAAUUCUAGAGAAGUGUACGAAAGUAUGAGGCAAGGCAUAGCCAAUGCCAUAGAUAGAACGAAAUCUCUUCUGAGAGACAUAAUGAAGAUCACAGAAUACCAGGUAACCAGGAC